AUUCUAAUAUAUUGCUGACUGAGCUGAUCCUAAGACCACACUGUGAUCUCUGAUGGAAUCAACGACCUCUUCUGAAUGAUCUGCUAAAGGAGCUCUGUUAUUUCAUCUGUAGGUCAUUAAGGGACUGUUGUUUAUCGAGUUUCCUGAGUGUCCUCUUUUCCUCCACCAUCUCCACACGGUCCAAGACUGCGUCAGCCUUCAUGAUCAGCUUUAUUUUUAUCAGAAAAACACACAGGAGGAAGUUACAGUAUCACUGCUGAUCAUCUCCAUUAGACCUGCAGUGCAUUAUACAGUUUCUAAAACACCAGUUUCUUUAUAAGAACACCAGCAGGUUCACCAUGUGUAUACAAUCAACCAAUCAGGUCACAGAAUCGCAAUACAUACAGUUAUACAGAUAUGGUCAGUUAAUGUGAUUGAGACGUGAAGGUUGUAGCUGAGUUUGGGCAUUGGACUCUGGAUCGGAAGGUCAUAGGUUCAAAUCCCAGCACCACCAAGCUGCUACUGCGAGGCUUAACUCAACUCUCACUCCACUGUAAAUCGCUGUGGAUAAGGUUUCCUGCUAAAUGUGAUAAAUGUAAUUAAGACUGUACAGAACUCUGGGUUAAUGAAGAUGAUUACAGCUGUGAGCUCGCGCGCCUCGGGACGCCCCCGUGUUUACCAACACAAACCGGAGGCGGGGUUAGAGACGGAGAGACACGCCCACUAGCGUGCCAAUGUGAUGUGGGCGGGGCUUCGGCCGCACGUACCAAGAUGGCGGCCGCCACAGCGCUGAGCCUGGACAGUUUACCUUCUGAUCCGCUGCUCCUGAUUAUCUCGUUCCUUGACUUCAGAGAUUUGAGCAGUUGCAGUCUUGUAAAUCGGCGUCUAAACGAACUGACUGGUCAUAACCCUUUAUGGAAGAGGCUUUGCCAGAAGCACUGGCUUCUCACUGAAGCUGAUAAAGGGCAGAGAGGACAGAACUGGAGGGAGAUGUUUCUUCACUAUUACGCUGACCUCGGUCGCUAUAUAGAUCACUACAGCACACUGAAGAAAGCCUGGGAUGACCUCAAGUCCUAUUUGGGCCAAAAAUGCCCCCGAAUGAUUGCCUCUCUGAAAGAGGGUGCAAAGGAGGAAGAACUGGAUGCCAUCGAAGCUCAAAUCGGCUGCAAGCUCCCAAGCGACUACCGCUGUUCCUACAGGAUACAUAAUGGACAGAAGUUGGUGGUUCCUGGGUUGAUGGGCAGCAUGGCCUUGUCUAAUCACUAUCGCUCAGAGGACCUGCUGGACAUUGAGACAGCAGCAGGAGGAUUUCAGCAGAGGAAGGGCAUGAGGCAGUGUCUCCCCCUCACCUUCUGCUUUCACACCGGACUCAGCCAGUACAUGGCCCUAGAGAGCAUAGAGGGACGCACACUCAGCGAGAUCUUCUACCAUUGUCCGGAUCAAUUAGCACAAGAUCCAUCUGCUAUCGAUAUGUUCAUCACAGGGUCCAGCUUUACUGAAUGGUUUACCUCGUAUGUUCACAACGUAGUGACUGGAGAAUACCCCAUCAUCCGGGACCAGAUCUUCAGGUACGUCCACGAUAAGAAGUGUGUGGCCACGACUGAUAACAUAACCGUCUCCGUCUCCACCUCCUUCCUCCCUGAGCUCAGCUCUGUUCAUCCUCCUCACUUCUUCUUCACGUACAGAAUCAGGAUCGAGAUGGCGAAGUCGGCGCUGCCCGAGAGCGCGUGCCAGUUGGAAAGUCGCUACUGGAAAAUCACCAAUGCGAAUGGGAAUGUAGAGGAGGUCCGAGGUCCUGGGGUUGUGGGGGAGUUCCCCGUGAUGACUCCUGGUAAAGUGCACGAGUACGCUAGCUGCACUACAUUCUCCACCACCUCGGAGUACAUGGAGGGACACUACACCUUUCACAGGCUCAAAAACAAAGGGGAGGUCUUUGACGUCUCCAUCCCGAGAUUCCACAUGGUGUGUCCACCCUUCCGUGAGUCCAUGGUUCGCUCGAGCUCUGUGUGUGACGCUCCUGUCCCUGUGUACAACAACGAGCACGACUCCGACACUGACAACUACCAGGAGGGAGACAUGCAUGCUAUCAACAUGGCUGAUCCUGGAGGACGCUGUCCUCGUCACAUCUGACACAGCCGUGUUUAAUUCUCUCACACACACACACACACACACACACACACACACACACACACACAUACACACCAGCCCUAGAGCAAAGGAGAGCAACGCUUAGACAAUUGUUUAUAAUACAGAGCCUUUGUGUCUGUCCUCCCUUGAACUUUACUCCACACGUUUCUCUAUCUCUCUCGCUCUCUCACACACACACACACACACACAAUCUUUUUUUUUUUUAUGCCUUCAGUACUACGUAUCAACCGAGGACACACACUGAACCAAAAACCCAGAGCGUCUCUCAGAAUAACACUGUGUUCUAAUGUUAAUAAUCCUUCAUAAAAAUGUACAAUACACCAAUUUAUACUGCGAUGUAUGUAGUAUAAGAGCACAGGAAUGAACACACACAUGCACACACACAAACACACACACACACACACACACAGAACUGGAAUAGAUGUUUUGAAUGUAGACUGUUUUUGCAUUUAGCCUUGAGGACUUACAAAGAACAGAGUCUCAGUGUUUUUUUCUUGAGUCACACACACACACACACACACACACACACACACACUCUCACUCUCUCUCAAUUGGAGAAUAAAGACACAGAGAAGACCACAUUAGUCAUGACUUUAAAUAAAAAUGUGUUUUCUGAUUAUAAUUAAUGUUAUACCUUUUACAUUGAUCUACUUUAUGUUAAGUGCAAUUCUACGUGUGGGUUUUUUAUGUUUGUGUAAAUAAACAGAAAACUAUAAACAUUA